UCCGCCCUUUGGUAGGGAUAAGACUCUAUGAAGGACGCUGCGAUUCAACGGAAGGAGGCGGAAGGUCUGUGCUUCCCACACAGCGGUUGACCAAGUCGCCUGUAACAAAAUUUGUACAGGCAUAUGGUGGGACAACUCAGGCGUCCCUGGAGCCGGCGAGGACCUGCGAGGGGCCUGGGGGCGGGGCCUGAGCCAGCCCCUCCAGCCUCCGGUCCUUUGAGGAGUCAGCCGACCGCUUCUUGGACGUCAGUUUCAGCGUCCAGCGCCUUUCAGUCUCCAGCAUGCCUGGUCCGACCCCCAGUGGCACUAAUGUGGGCUCGUCGGGACGCUCUCCCAGCAAAGCAGUGGCCGCCCGGGCGGCCGGAUCCACGGUCCGGCAGAGAAAAAAUGCUAGCUGUGGAACAAGGAGCGCGGGGCGCACAACCUCAGCAGGCACUGGGGGCAUGUGGCGAUUCUACACAGAAGACUCACCUGGGCUCAAGGUUGGCCCUGUCCCAGUAUUGGUUAUGAGUCUUCUGUUCAUCGCUUCUGUAUUUAUGUUGCACAUUUGGGGCAAGUAUACUCGUUCAUAGAUUCGGCUGCAUCCAUCUGUCUGUCAUCUGAAGAAGAAGGAAAAAAACCCAACGUAUCUUGGACCAAAAGCAUAGUGAUUUUCUGUUUGUGAGAGAGAAAUAUUCUGUAAGCUUAUUGUUUUACAGGGAACUUAACAAGAAUUGACUUUAAGGAAUCAAUUUUUUUCUAUGACUAAUAAACUUUUUAAUUGAUUUAUA